AUGGGUGAAUAUGGCCCCAACGCCCCACCAAAAGAGGGGCCGGGAGACCUCCCGGAAUUCCAAGAGACGCGUUCCCCGGGAGAAAACGGCUCCUUCGGGGGUGCCCCCAAGGGCCCCGCGCCCAAAUCUCCAGGAAUUCCCCGCCGAGGCAGCCGAGCCCGCUGGGCUCCAGGGGGCGGGACUACAGUUCCCGGCGUGCUCGGCGAGGGGAGCGCGCCUGCGCCCGCGCCCGCGCCCGCCUGCUGCCUCGGCUCCGGCUCCGGCUCCGGGCAUCGCCGCCUCCUGCCCCGCCAGCAGCGCCGCCACCGCCGCCUUCUGCUCCGGCUCCGGCUCGCCUUUGUCCGCGGCGGCGCGGCUGGCCGGCCCGAGAUGGCUGCGGGGGCGCCGGGCCAGGUGAUGUUUGAGGACGUGGCCGUCUACUUCUCGCCAGCGGAGUGGGCAAAGCUUGCGGAAUGGCAGAGGGACCUGUAUCGGACUGUGAUGGUGGAGAACUAUGAGGCCAUUGCCUCUCUGGGGUAUCUUUCCAUCAAGCCCGAAGUCAUAUGUAAAAUAGAGCGAGAAGAGGACCCCUGUAUAGAGGAACCCCUGGAACCCCCACGAUGGAGGAGACCCCAGAGCCCCUGGCUGGCAGGAGAUGACAUUAGGUUGGAGGACGAGGAAGAAGACGAUGGGGCAGGCGCCACCCGGCAAAUCCCAGUCCGGCGCAAGAGGAAGAAGAAGAACUACUCGACAGGAAGGGAGAAGCCAGUGACUCGGGCAACAAACACCCUCACCAAGACCGAGACUGGUUCUCUGCCACGGGUGACGCUGAAGAUGAAUCCGCCCAAGUGCCCGGAGUGCGGCAAAAGCUUCCUGAGCAACGUGGCCAUGACCAUCCACAUCCGGACGCACACGGGGGAGCGCCCCUUCAAGUGCCACCUGUGCCCCAAGGGCUUCCCCUCCAGAGGGGACCUGAAGCGCCACAUCAAAACACACCUGCGCAACAAGGAUCCCCCCAGCGCCAGCUCUGUCCCCAAGGGGAAGAAAUGUCUGACUGCCAGGCUUCAACUCCUGCGCCACUUGGGGGCUGCCGCAGGGCCCAAGAAGCCCCACACCUGCCCCCAGUGUGGGAAGAGCUUCAACAAGAAGCAGGACCUGCGGAAGCACCAGGGGACGCACUCGGCCGAGAGGCCCUUCGCCUGCCUGGAGUGCGGGCGCCGCUUCCGGCUCAAGCAGAUCUUGGUGGCCCACACGAAGGUGCACGUCGGGGAGAGGCCCUUUGCCUGCGCUCAGUGUGGGAAGCGCUUCCGGCAGAAGCACCACGUGGAGAGCCACCAGCGCGUGCACACUGGCGAGAAACCCUUUUCGUGCACGACGUGUGGCAAACGUUAUGCCCAGAAGCAGCCGCUCAUUAGCCACCUGCGGGUGCACACGGGCGAGCGGCCCUACUCGUGCGCAGAGUGUGGGAAGUCGUUCAGGAACCAGGCGACGCUGACCAUCCACUACCGCAUGCACACAGGGGAGCGGCCCUAUCGCUGCUUGCUGUGCGGCAAGACCUGCAGUCAGCUGCAGCAUCUCAAGAGCCACCAGAGGGUGCACCGUGGGGAGCAGCACCUCAUCGAGGCUGGGGACAGCAAGGCCCUGGCUCAGAAAAGAGCCCGGGAGAUGGCAGAGAAGCCCUACCCGUGCCCCAAGUGCGAGAAGCGCUUUCGGGAUGAAAAGAUCAUGCAAGUCCACUUUAAAACCCACGAGGACAAGAGGUCUCUGAAAUCUGGAACCUCGCUAGCUGGAAUCGUUCUUGGCCAAAACGCUCCUCCUCCUGUCCAGCCAAAAACAUCCCGGCCGGAGCCCAGAUCCGUUAGUGGAGGAACAGGUGCAAGAAAGAAGGGUUCUGCUGUGAGGCAGAGGUCCUUUGCCUGCUCCGACUGUGGCAGGAAAUUCACACAGGCCAAGUACCUCACCCUGCAUCGGCGAAGCCAUACCUGAGAAGAGUGCCAAACCCUUGGGAACGACCCCCUCGUGCGCUGCCUUUGAGAGGAACCUGCCAAGCCAUCCCUUUUGUUUGGAGCGACUCCGCUGACCGCCUUUUGAGUGAACGAAAGCUUCCUGGGCCACAUGCUGGAAAAGAGGCUUCCGGCGAGGCCUUGUAGAGAGAGAGACAGACAGACAGACAGACGUCUGUCCCAAGAGCAUCUUUUCCCGCUUCUUCUUCUUCUUCUCUCUCUCGCUUUUUCUCCAAGAAUCCAUCUUGAGAAAGAUUCCUGUGUAACUUGAAAGCCUGCGUUCUGUACGCUUUUUGCUGUGUAGGAGGAUAUUAUUUGCUAAUGUUGAUAUUUCUUAUUCUACGGAUUCAAACUCUGCUGAACUCUGGAUCUGUCAGGAUGCUGCUCUGAGAGGGCACCCACUCAGUGCAGCGAUCCUGGCAUUGUCUGUGGCAAAGGCUUCUGGUUCGAUGCCCGGUGGCCCAACCUGCUGUCGUCUCUCGAGCCCGUCAGAGCCCUGCUGUGCCCAAGGAUUUCGUACUGCCAGCAGGAUGUGAGAUGGAGCCUCUGGGGCUCUGGAGCAGAGAUGAUGUAACAAGAGAAACAGGCACAGCUUCGUAAGAGGGAACCGUCGGUAGCUUUUGGGCAUCAUAGCAAAGAACAGGACUGCCAUGCUCAGAGGCAGGGGGCCAGACCCGGAAAGGGCUGUCGACUGCAGGGCUGAUUGCUGCAGAGGGCUCAGUUGGGUGGCUCUUUGGCCUGAUUCAGCAAACUUCGUUCUUCAUAGUUUGGUAGCGUAGAGGCUACUGGACAGCUGCCCUGAGCUGCCCAGGGGGACACACAAGGAGUUGAUCAGCUUUUUCACUGUACUUUGCAGCAGGCCUGUUUGCAUGCCUGUCAGAGAGGAUAGCUUCAGAGGGGUACCCGCAUUGGUCAGCAGUAGAACGGGAAGAAGAGAAGGAGAUUUAACUCUCGAAAGUGUAUACCCUGGAAAAUCUUGCUGUCGAAGAGGAGGGUUUCUUAAUCGGAGCCUCCAGAUCUCUCCCUUCUCAAAGGUAUGAGGAACCACUGCUUGCCCCUAAGGACCAAGCAGGUGCUCGAGGCGUCUUCAUUAUCCAAAGAACAAAACAAAGAACAGACUCCCUGAACAGGAAUCAGUCCAAGUUUGCAAAUGGCCACUGGCCCGUCAUAGCCUCGUGGAGAAGAGAAGGGGACGUUUGUUAGUUGGAAGACAGCAAGAGUUUUUUCCCAUCAGUGAACUAGUAUAACUUUAUGUGAACAUGAUAGUAAUCAAGAAUGAAUUCUUCCUAGAAGCUGAAGUGACUAAACAGGCUUUUUUACUUUGGCCACAUCAUGAGAAGGUAAGGCUCACUGGAAAAAAAAUAAUGCUAGGAAAAGUGGCAGUAGGCAAAGAGGAAGACCCAACAUGAGAUGGCUGGACUCAAUAAAGGAAGCCGCGUCCUUCAGUCUGCAAGAUCUGAGCAAGGCUGUCAAUGAUAGGAUGUUUGGAGGUUCUUAAUUCAUAGGGUCACCAUGUUGGAAGCACCUUGAUGUGUGUGUCUCUCUCUCUCUCUCUCUUUCUCUCUCUCUCACACACACACACACAUAUAGUGACUGUUGUGAACUUUUAUUACAAGGAUCAGUUAGCCAUUCUUGAAUACAAUUGGACUCCCAUUUCACACAAGCAAAGGAGUGACUAAAAUGAUCCCUCUUCCAAAGUGCACUUAAAGGCUGGGGCUGGUUCCAGUUGACAAGAUUCGUAACACACCUCCAGCUGAAUAAUCCAUUUUAAAAUCACAAUUGGCAAUCGAGUUGCAAAAAUUUCUGUGUAAAUGUGCAUCACACACUGUGCUUGCUGGAUUUGACAUUUAACUGUCUCAGCUGGGCAAACAGAGUAAAAGUAAACCGGGCGAAGGCCGCUUUCACACAACAGG